GCACACGUCUUCCGAGAUACCCGUGUGAUCGUAACAUUUGCCUUCUUUAUACCGUUUCCCUUAUUGGUUGAACUCUCUGGCUGUUCCACCAUUUUUUUUUUCUUGUCGUGUGCUUCGAAAGAAAAAAAAAAGAAAACGUUCUGUCGUGAAAUUAUACAAUGGACUCUAUUCGUCGGAGAGUCAUCUUUGUCUCGUCGCACAUCAAUCACUAGUUGGCGAAGAAGCGACACGCAAACAGGAAUUUUCUGUUUUAUUUUCAAACUACAAAGUGUCAUUGAUCAAAUUCCUACCUUUUUUUGGGGAAAAAGAAAAAUCACGACGGUCGCUCCGUUUUCAAACAAUAACAAACGGGAAAAGAAGAAGAUUGUCUCCGGCUGAUUGAUGACCGUGAGGAUGACGCCGACCUGCUGGGUGGCGGUGAUCUGGACGUGCUUGCUCGUCUCUACCUGCAGCGGAGAUUUCUGUCCGCAACCAGUGACAAGGACAGUUUCAUGUAAAGUCAAAAAUGGUACAGAGACUUACACGAAGAUGGUACCGCGCCUUUGCAAGCGAAACUGGCCUCCUUCUCAACAAGGAUCCUCAUCAUCGCAAUCUUCCAACGGCACUCCACAGCAUGUCAAUUGCGGCAUGGAACCAAGAGUGAAAGAACGGCCUAGACUGGUGACUACUUAUAAGCAAAUAACCGAGAUGCAGUAUCGUUGCUGUCCCGGUUUUUUUGGAGAAAACUGUGAUAUGGAAUGCUUCAACUGCACGACGUUGGAGCGGAUGGAACGGCGUUUGAGGACCGUGGAAGAGACCAUUCGUGGUGGCAACGGAAACUAUAGCAGUUACGCUGGCCCACAUCAGCGAUCGUUCAUUCGUCCUGGACGGCCAGAUAUGAGCCAUGUCACUACGACACCCAGAGGAGCGGCACCAAACGGCAGCACUCACAUGCGUCGGCCAGCCGUCGGCAUGACUCGUCGUCCGUUCAGUGGGUAUCACGAUAUAAGGAAACCGGACGCGGCUCUUGAACGCAAUGGCCCAGCACAGCAAGGAUCGUCAGACGUGUCCGCUGGAGUGCGAGCACCUCAACAGACGAGAUGCAACUGUCCGGCAGGACCUCCUGGACAGGCCGGACCGCAGGGACCGGUUGGGUUGACUGGAAUUCCUGGAUUACCCGGAAGAAACGGGGUCGAUGGGACUACAGGUGCGCCAGGAUCUCCAGGUUUGGAAGGACAACCUGGACAGAACGGUUCACCAGGGAUCGACGGGCUUCCUGGUCUGCCCGGGAACCCUGGUCCACAAGGUCUUACGGGUCUACCUGGUUUACCCGGUUUGAAAGGUGAAACGGGUCCCCCUGGUCUGACGGGAGAACGCGGUGCACCAGGUCUUGAUGGAAUACCGGGGACACCAGGUCUUCCAGGAGAAUCAGGUCUUCAAGGAAUUGACGGUGUACCCGGCGCCCCAGGUCCAGUUGGGCCGGCAGGUCCUGCAGGGCCCCCUGGUCUUCCUGGACCUCCUGGCCCACCAGGGCUUUCGUCCUACUCUCGCACAAACAGUCGCGAUGGCUCUGGUUUAGACGAUGAUGACGUGCCAACAAGGGUAGGAUUACCUGGUCCACCUGGUCCUCCGGGACCUCCAGGUGCGAUCGGUGCUGCAGGUCCCUCUGGUGAGCGGGGCGAAAAAGGUGAAGCAGGUGAUAGCGGUGCAACAGGACCGCGAGGCCAGAGAGGAGAUAAGGGCGCCAAGGGUGAACGAGGUUUCGACGGGGUCCGCGGACCACCAGGUGAUUCUGGGCUGACUGGCCUCCCUGGACCGAAAGGUGACAAAGGAGAUGGUGCAUUAGAUGGCGUUGAUCUUUCAGAGUCGAUUCUUCAGUUGCAUCAGCUGGUCGAUGAUUUGCGAAGCCAAAUCAAUGAACUACGCGAUCGUGUCGUUAUACUUGAACUCGGAGUCGGUGAAUCUCCCGAUACUGCGGAGGCCCAUUCCAGCAACCCCGUGGCUUCGCCUCCAACACAAACUCAUACCCCAACGCCUAUCACUACGACUACCCCACCACCUGUGGUAGUUAGUGCAACACCUCCAGCACCGGCAUUGUCCGAAGAAGAAGAGUCUGAUGACUACGACGAAGAUGCUGCUGUGUUGGCCACAUCAUCGACGACUGCUAGUCCGUCUCCAGCUCUUACGUCACCACCUCCGCCAAUCGUCAACCCACCGCCGCUCUCUACAGGUGACCAGGAUUACGGAGAAGAGGAUAUAGACUCGGAAGAAGAUUACACAGAGAACGAGGAUGAAGACGAAGAUUUAGUUUUGGAUACAAGGCCGUCUUCAACUGCUGGCCGAGCUUCAACUUCAGCUCCGGGACGUGGUCGACCUAAUGCUGUUGUCAAUAAUGGUGGACGUGGAAAUGUGGCCAACAAUUUAUUAGCUGAAGAUGAUGACGAGGGUAUUGAUUCCAUACUGAGCCCCAAUUCACGAAUAGAGCCCAUUGGACGAGGAGUUUCCACUGUAGAUGCUGAAGAGGAUGAAGAGGAAGAAGAAGAAGAUCCAGAGUACGACGAUUAUGACGAUUCGCCAACUAGCCGAUCCAAGCGGCAUAAAACAGUUUCGAAGCAUUCAAAACACCCUACGCACUCUAAGCAUUCGAAAAAAAUGAAGCCUCUAAGAACUAAAUUGAAGCCGAAGCAAUCUUCAGCUUGAAUUAUCCACCGAUAUUGAGAAUACGAUUUUUCGUUUGCCAUUUUUGCUUUCAAUUUUUUGUUCGGUUGCCAAAACCUAUCUAUCAUUUUUAUCAGUUGCCGAGGCUAAAAAAAAAUGACUGCCAAAUUGCCUUUAAUAAUAGUUUUUUCGUCUUCUCGCAUGCUCUGCAACUUUUCUUCUGUUUGUUAGAGAAAAAAAAUGAAAAAAAGCAAAACAAAAACAUUUUGAUACAAACCGGCUUUACUUUAAACAUUUUUUAACCUAGAAUUGGAAUUUCUGACUGCCGCCCAAUUUUAAUUUCCACAUCACUGCCGAUUAGUUCUGUUUCCCACAGAGAUGUUGCUAAAGGUCCUUCCCCAACGUUUUUCAUUUAGGGUGUCACGGUGGAAUAAACGGAACCAUAUACAUAA